UCUAUCCCUCGGAUGGGAAGCACGGCCUGCUGGCCUCCCACUGGCCUCCCCCGUUCUCCUCUCAUCAGACGUGGCGAGAUCGAGCGCGACAGCUUGUUGGCUAUCUGAGCCUCCUCGCCGGCUCUCCGUGACACUCCGUGUCCUCAGCUGUCCAGCUAGCUCUCCGCGGGAAACCGAGAGCGACGGGGCUCUUGGAUCCCCUCGAGACCCGGGAGUCAGGACAAUCCAGAUAGUCGUCACUCGGUACUCGGUAGACAGAGCGUGGCCACUCUCACGCCGCCGCCACCCCCCCCCCCCCCCCCCCGGGGCGGCAUGGAGAAGGAGAAGAGGAGGAGGAGCUGGUUCGAGCGCAUCAGGCGGCUCUUCGCCUCCUCCGAGCCCAAGGAGAAACCCAAACCUGACAAGAAGGCGAAGAGCAAGCGGUGGCUGCCGGGGAAGCUGAGGACGCAGCAGUCGUUCGCGCUGCCGGCGCCCGCGCCCGCGGACCAGCAGAUCAGGCAGGCGGAGGAUGAGCAGAGCAAGCACGCCGUGGCCGUCGCGCUCGCCACCGCGGCGGCCGCCGAGGCCGCGGUCGCCGCCGCGCACGCUGCCGCCGAGGUCGUUCGCCUCACCGGCCAGCAGCCGGCGACUCCGACGACCGGGCAGGAGCUGGAGGAGGAGGAGCAUGCCGCCGUCUUGAUCCAAUCGGCGUACCGCGGGUACCUGGCUCGGCGGGCGCUGCGCGCGCUCAAGGGCCUGGUGCGGCUGCAGGCGCUGAUCCGCGGGCAGGCGGUGCGGCGCCAGACGGCGGCCACCCUGCGCGGCCUCGAGUCGCUGAUGAGGAUCCAGGCCCGGCACCGCUCCAGGGCCGGCGGCCCCGACCACCCGGCGGCGCUCGACGGCGCGUACGACGACGACGACGCCUUCCUUCUCCGGCGCGGCCGGGAGCUCUACGCCGCCGCGGUCCACGAGCAGCAGCAGCAGCAGGAGGCGGGCAGCAAGGGGUGGGACAGCAGCAUCCUCUCCAAGGAUGAGAUGCGCGCCGUGACGCGGAGCCGGGAGGAGGCCGCCCUCAAGCGCGUGCGCGCGCUGCAGUACGCCUCGUUGCAGAGCGAGAGGCUGGGCGUGCGGCGGCCGCCGCUGCCCAGGGACGAGGAGGCGGACGCGCUCCACCGGCGCUGGAGCUGGCUCGAGGAGUGGGUCGGCGCGCAGCCCCCCUUCGACAAGGACGUCCCCGUGGCGCACCAGUCGCCCUACAGCAGGGACGACGGCGCCGCCAAGGGCCGCCAGACGCCGGGCCGGGCCGCCGACCAGCUCACCGGUCUCGGCGGCGACGCCGACCGGCUCGGCUGCUCGGCGCGGCGGUCCUUCGUGCGGCCGAGGCGCGCGCCGGCGCGGGCGGGCGACUACUUCUACGAGGACGCCGCGCCGUGCUCGCCGGCGCCGUUCCCGGGGUACAUGGCGUCCACGGCCUCCGCGAAGGCCAAGUUCCGGUCCAUGAGCACGCCCAAGGAGCGCUCCGCCGGCGCCGACGCCUUCUCCGAGCACUGCUUCCCCUUCGCCGAUCGCAUGCUCUCGCCAAUCCCGUCCAUGUCGCCCAUCCCCUCCAUCGCCAGCGACAUGGGCUUCGCCAGGUCCACCAGGCCGCCCGCCGCGCAGAGGUCACCGCGGGUGGCGGCCAAGGGCCCCAUGACGCCGGCGCGGUCUCGCUCACGGAGGUCGCCCAGCCACCACAGCUUCGGCUCCGAGGCUGCGCUGCACCAGCUGCAGAUGGAGCACUACACCCCAGUCCGGUGAACAAGACUAGAGAGAGUGCCUUCCUUUGUGAGGCCAUACACCCAUCCAUCCAAUCCAUCGGUGGUUCCCCUCUUUUGUGAAGAUACAAUUCCCUGCUCCCAUUCUUUUCUUUGUUCACCUUUCUUGCCAGAAGGGUUCAAGUAUUCAGUAAUCGAAUGCCACAAUGUAACAUGAAUCACAAACUUAGGUGAUCACCACCAUGAUGUAAGAACGGAAAUUAUAUGAGCAGUCAAAAAGUAUUUUGCAUUGAGAAGAAAA